AUGUCAAUAUUCUUCGACUUCGAUGUGCAAGAUGGCCGGAUGUUCAGACGGGCGGUGGACCAGGAUAAGUUCGAUAUUGAACGGUUUUGGGAUCGAGAGGAGACACAAACACUUUUUAACGUCGAAGACGUCGGCGCUUUGAUUGAGUUGUCGGUGUUGGCGAUAUGCAUGAUAGACAAAGACAAGUGCGUGCAAGGUUUCCUGGCGUUGAACGACCAUCCGCCUGUGCCCUCGGUCGAUCCCGCCUCCUGGGAGUACUGGAUACGAAACUUAUACAAGAAACACUACUUGUCUCGCAAUACUCUCUUCAUACAUUUUAUAUGUUGCAUGGAUUCAGUGUCAGGAUUUUUCUUGGAGGAAGCUCUAACGUCAGUGUUCAUGAAUGACAGUUACUUACACGACAUUAUCCUUAUCGUACCUCCUGCGUGUAAAGUUGAUUACUUGGAGAAAUACCCGUUGUUUAAGAAACGGCCGGUUCUACGGCGCUGUAUGGCGAGAGAGGAGAAAGUGAGCUGCAUGUAUCUACUCGUCGCUUCUCGUCAGGAUUUCUGUCCCGCGCUUAAAGUGCGGCGCGCUGUAGAAGAGGACAACGACGACAUUGUGGAAAUGCUGCACAAGAAGUGUUCGAAACUGAAGAACAUGUAUGGUGAUUAUUACAUCAGUGAAAUCAUAGCUCGGCACCCGGAAUCGAACCGAAGCGUUAUCGUUGCUGAACAUAUGGAUAAAGUGGUGGGUAUGAUGUGUUUGAAUCCGGAGGUGAAUUACGAGAAAAUGCAGCACACGUACGAAUUGGGCGCCUUUCAUGGACUGCUAUUGGCUAAGCCUUUGGAACGAGAGAAAUUGAGACGGAGUAAUGUUCUGCUUAAAGAGUUUGGGAAUCCUUUAAUGCGCGGCGAAUUGGGUCCUUUUGAUAAUAUCGAGUGUGAAACGAAGUUUGAAACGCAAGAUGACGAACCUAUGUCAAGGAGAGUGUCAGUUGUAGGUGGAACUGCGAGACCGAGCAAGGUAUUAUUUCGUCCGGACCGCAGCCGGCGGCACAGCUAUGACACUGCGCACGGCUCCCACUUGACCAACUCACAAGAGAGCGAAAAGUUGUUCUCCUCUGUACUAUCACUGACUACUAUGGCCAACUACUCCCUACUUCUCCUACUAGACGAUGAACCGUUCGACUAUGACAUUAUCAACAUAGAUCCCCGUGCCAUUUACACUGUACCCGAAAUGAUGUCAUUUACCAAUGACUACGAAUUUGAAUGUGAAAAAUCACAGCCGAAACAGGACCCAGCCCUGGCUGAAGCUGCGCGUAGAAGGGCUUCGAUGGGCGAAUACCAGAAAGGACUCCUCUUCGAAGGGACACCAAAUGCUUUUAGUAUCGAAUUAUUUGGUAUGGAUUCGGCUCUUGUGGAUGAAAGGCGUGCCUAUGACCUUUUACAAGCAGCAUUUGAAAGCUUACCAACUUACGAUUAUUGUAUCAUUCGGAUUCCCACUUCACAAACAAGUUUUGCCCUGCUUCAUCAUUUUGUAUUCGUUCCAACAAAACCGACUAUUUGUUGUCCAUACGCACUGUACGUUGCUAACAGGAAUUCCGUUCUUGGACGAAUGCGGGUACGUCCAGCAGAAUUUGCAGAUAUACCGGGCAUCGCAAAAUUCUUAUGUAACGUGGAUGCUAGAGAGACUAUCUACACUAUUGAGAAGACUAUAGCAAAUAAUCAUACGCAAUGGGCUUAUGUGUUUCUAAGUGGACUGUCUAUUGUUGGAAUUGGUAUUGUAAGCUUACCAGAAAACAUAGAGCUCAUAAGAGCCAAGUUCAUGUUAGACGUGUUUGAACGUCCGAGGUAUCACAUAAGCGGCAACGGUUUAGACGGAGGCUUCUCAAUGUUGAAGACAGCACUGGUCUACCCGGCGUUUGCGCCUCACUACGCCUUUUUCGCCAGGGAGAUGAUGAGAAUGACCGCUAGUACCACGCUGGUGUGGCUUACCGCGUACAGGAACAAAUGGGUAGCGCACAAAGCCAACGGAAUAGCGACUGCAAUGACACCAGUACCCUAUCGGGGGCGAUCUGAUUCCAGGAUCAAGGAAGACCUCAGGCAUGUCUACAACAAGUCUAAGAAAAUAUUAUCGUUCAGCGCUUGGUUCAUAAGCAAGAAAUUGACUAGUAUAUCAAAGCUUAAUGUGGAUACCAGGAUAGUGGUCGUGGGCGCGUCGAGAACUGCUCUUGCUUUUCUCUCCGCUUUGCUGUUUGGGGAUUCAUCAACAUACCUGACAUUCACGAACGUGACACUAGUGUCGACACACGGCUUGCCCUACUCCCGCAACCACAACUCUUCAGCCGAACUGAUGUUCCCGAGAUUCUAUACCACAUCUGGACGGUACCUCAAAAGCACCCCUUUCACCUUCUACGUCAAUACCGUCCACGGAACCAUGGUUGAAAUUAACAAACAAGAUAAGUACAUAAGGACCGACCACGGAGGCAAGGUGUUCUACGACAUGUUGUUCCUGUUGAUUGGUCGUCAGCAUCAACAUCCUAUGUACAUGCGUAGCAUGUCGCUGAGAGAACAAGAAAUUAAGCGCGGACGGAUUCCUCCGUACGUUACUAUGGACAAUCCGUCCUACAUCGAGUCACAGAGAGAGCCGCCCACGGAUUUAAGGAUACCAGAAAAUGUGUUCAUUAUCAACGACAUAUUUGACGCCACAAAAGCGCUCAACUUACUCAAAAAUAGCAUCACUGACUAUCAGAAAUUCACGAUCUGUGUGUACGGAUCAUGCAUCAGCACGUAUUGCUGCAUAUCAGCACUGUUGGACAUCGGCGUAAAUCCUGAGGAUAUAGUCUUCGUGGAGCCUUUCCCCCCGGAAGAUGACACGAAGCCACGAGUACCAGUCUUUUGUAAUGCAAAAGUCGACGAGACAGUGACUGAGUAUCUGAAGAGUACCAAUGUGACUACUCACCGUGGGUACUACUUCCACAGCUGGUACGUAGACGAGGAUGACUUGGUGUACUGUGUGGAGUUCCUCUCACAGUACCAUCUGCUCAAGCUUGAUGUUGAUGCCUUCUUCUAUUAUGGGAAACGGUACAUCAAUGCGCAUGCCUUUGUUGCUAUAAACAGAUGUGGGCUGGCCUACGACGGGGGAAUCCUAAUCGACCAUCAGUUUCGAACCAACAACCCGUCCAUCUACGCGGCCGGGACCGCCACUCGCUACUACCGCAGAUACGACUCGGAAAAUAAACUGCACAAGUUCUAUGAUUCGCGGGAAGUCGGCACAGUAUUGGCAAAACAAGUACGAAACGCUUUAGAUCCCCUAUUUAAAACAUCAGAAACUAGAUCUAAACAGAAUACUACAAAUGAAGAGAGCAAAGAAAGUGAGUCAUGUUCGUCCGCGAGCAGUACAUCGUUGAGCGAACAAUACGGCAAGAAGUGGCUAGUGCCGAAGCUAAAAGAGCCGUUAGUGAUGUACUGUCGAUUGCCCGGAAAUCUGCAGUAUCUUGAGGUCCGACCUCCCGGGUCUAUGUUCCCGCACUACUUUAUACAGUCCAUGGCUUAUAAAGGGUACGUUCUGGAAACAUUUAAAAGCGGUUACUUCAAGCUGCACUUGAGCAACGACUUAACAGUCGACGGUAUAACUUGUCUGACGUUUCAGAAGAAAUCCAUAUCAAAACUACAGGUCUUGUAUGGACGAUCUGCAGUUAUGCUCAACAACGUCCAUCUGAGAUUUGAAACUGGCCGUAUAGAUGAUUUGUACGAUUUCUUCAAUGAGGGAUGGAGCGUCUAUCUAUACAAUGAACAAGCAGAAAUAGUACUCAACAUGGCAAAGCAUCUUAAGCCCAAGAAUAAACCUGAGGGUAAAACGCUGGAAGAAACCUUGAAACUCUUAGGUGAAGGCAUCAAAAGCGGGACAAAGGACUUAGAAGGUGAGUUACGACGGCUGUCCAGUUCUAAAAAGUCGCAGUACUUCGAAGUUAUAGCGGACUUCGUCAUUGACUUCCUGUCAGACAACGAAGUACUAUUCCCCAUGUACAUCACACCGCAAUAUUUGGGUGAAUUUACUUACGAAGCGGAACUAAACUGCCAUACUUUUAAGCGGCGCAAGAACAGCAUACAGAAUAUGCUAUCGUUAUCAGAUUUUAAUACUUGGAAUAAAACGUUCUGA